AUGAGUACUAGUAGCAUUGAAAGCUUAACUCAAGAUACAAAAGAUGAAUUGAAAGAAAAAAGACUUGAAGAGAACAAUGAAGUUGAAGUAGAAGUCUUGGAGGAGAAGGUUACUAUGAUGGAUCUUAAUGAUAUAAGGGGAGGCAAUGAAGUUUUAUCAAAUUUCUUGAGGUCCAAGAAAGAGGUGAAGUGGUACAUGGCUUUGUUGGGGCUUAGGAUUGUUGCUUUGGUGUUAUGUUUGAUUGCUUUCUCUAUAUUGGCUGCUUGUGAGCAAAGGGUUUUGGUAAAUGAGGAAAUAACAAAUUGGUUCUCAAGCGGAUUUUCGGUUAAAACUCCAUAUGAGUUCCAUUGUUAUGAUUACGGCGAAUUCAGGUAUAGUUUUUCAGUGAAUGUGAUUGGAUUUGUGUAUUCUGGAUUGCAAAUUUGUUAUCUAGUGAGGUUCUUGGUCACAAAGAAGCAUGCUAUAAACCCCAAGUUGCUAGGUUACUUCAAUCUUGUUAUUGAUCAGGCUUUGGCAUAUAUUCUAAUGUCAGCUUCAUCAUCAGCUGCAACUCGAGCUCAUGUUUUGAGAAGCUAUUGGAUUGAACAUGGUGCACACAAGUUCAUAGAAAUGGCGAAUGAAUCUGUUGCUAUGUCCUUUUCAGUAUUUGUUGCCUUUGCCUUAGCCUCUUUUGUCUCUGGUUUUAUCCUUUUUAGGUUCAAUUAA